AUGCCUGACUAUUUGGGCGACGAAAUGAGAAAAGUGAAGAAAGACGAGCCCGAAAAGGAAGAAAAAGAAAAAGAUAUCAAAUCUUUGGAUGAAGAGGACAUAGCAUUACUCAAAUCAUAUGGCCAAGGUCAAUGGACAAUUAAUGUAAAAGCAGUAGAAGAUGAUAUCCAAGGUAUUAUCAAACGUAUUAAUGAAUUGACUGGAAUUAAAGAAUCGGAUACAGGAUUAGCUCCUCCCGCGUUUUGGGAUUUAACUGCUGACAAACAGACUCUUCAAAAUGAACAACCAUUACAAGUUGCCAGAUGUACAAAAAUUAUCAAUGCUGAUUCAGAUGAUCCUAAAUAUAUAAUUAAUGUCAAACAAUUCGCCAAGUUUGUUGUUGAUCUUGCAGACUCUGUAGCACCAACUGAUAUUGAAGAAGGAAUGCGUGUUGGAGUUGACCGUAAUAAGUAUCAAAUCCAUAUUCCGCUUCCACCUAAAAUUGAUCCUACUGUUACUAUGAUGCAAGUAGAAGAAAAGCCAGAUGUUACAUACUCAGAUGUUGGUGGAUGUAAAGAACAGAUAGAUAAAUUACGAGAAGUUGUUGAAACUCCAUUAUUGCAUCCUGAAAAAUUUGUGAACUUGGGAAUUGAACCACCAAAAGGAGUGUUAUUGUUUGGACCACCAGGAACUGGUAAAACUUUAUGUGCUAGAGCAGUAGCUAAUCGUACUGAUGCUUGUUUCAUUAGAGUAAUUGGUUCUGAGCUUGUUCAAAAAUAUGUGGGAGAGGGCGCUCGUAUGGUUCGUGAAUUAUUUGAAAUGGCACGUAGUAAGAAAGCUUGCUUGAUAUUCUUUGAUGAAAUUGAUGCAAUUGGUGGUGCACGUUUUGACGAUGGUGCUGGUGGCGAUAACGAAGUACAAAGAACUAUGUUGGAGCUUAUCAAUCAGUUAGAUGGAUUUGAUCCCAGAGGAAACAUUAAAGUUUUAAUGGCAACUAAUAGACCAGAUACAUUAGAUCCAGCAUUGAUGCGCCCUGGACGUCUUGAUAGAAAGGUUGAAUUUGGUUUGCCUGACUUGGAAGGUCGAACUCAUAUUUUCAAUAUACAUGCUAGAGCUAUGAGUGUUGAACGAGAUAUUCGUUUUGAACUGUUGGCUAGACUUUGUCCCAAUAGCACUGGUGCUGAAAUAAGAUCCGUAUGUACUGAAGCCGGUAUGUUUGCAAUUAGAGCUCGUCGAAAAGUCGCUACUGAAAAAGAUUUCUUAGAAGCUGUUAAUAAGGUCAUCAAAUCAUAUGCCAAGUUCUCUUCUACUCCACGUUAUAUGACAUAUAACUAA